AUGCCAUUACAAUCGCCAUUUGAGUGUCCUCAUUCAUUAUCACAAACAUGUUUAAAAUCAUAUGAUGCAAGUACUCUUCGUAAAACUCUUUACCAUUCUUCAAUGGUACAUAAUACUGCUCCAGCUACACUUAAUUUUUGGGUUCAAAAUAAAACUGGUUUUGAAAUAGGUGGUCCCUCUCAUCAUACUUGGGGUACUUUUGGUGUAUAUGAUAUUGCAACAAAAGUGGAUGUUACAAACUUUGCUGCUAAUACUCUUUGGGAAUCUGGACUAACUGAUGAUUCACCGUUUAUAUGGAACAAACAACCAAAAGGCAAACAAUACAUACGAGAUGCAGUAGAUUUAAAGGGCAUACCUGAUGAGUAUUAUGAUUUUGUUUUGGCUUCUCAUGUUCUAGAACAUAUUGCUAAUCCUUUUAAAGGAUUAUUAGAAUGGAUACGAAUUACACGAUCUCAUGGUGUAUUACUUCUUUUACUACCUUUCAAAGAACAUACAUUUGAUCAUAAACGUGAUAUUGAUCGACUAGAACAUUUAAUUAAUGAUUAUCAUAAUCAAACGAGCGAAGCUGAUCUUUCACAUUUAAAUGAAAUAGUUCGUUUACAUGAUCUGGCAAUGGAUCCACCUGCAGGCAACAUUAACACUUUUAGAGAACGAUCAGAAAAAAAUUUUCAGAAUCGUGGUUUACAUCAACAUGUCUAUGAUCAGGAACUACUUUACUAUAUAUUUAUUUGUCUAAAUUUAGAUGUUAAAGCUCAAUUUACAUGGAAUAUUCACCAGCUAAUAAUUGGUCAAAAGCGAUAA